UAUUGGAUAGGGGACAAAACGUGAGGGAGACACCAAUAUUAUCCAUAUAAUUAUAGAAUGGAUGAAGCUGCAAUCAAGCCAACAAUUGACAUAAUUGUGUGUGCUUCCAUGAACAAUAUUAAUGAUAAAAACAAUGAUUCCAACCCAAAAACCAUGCCCUCACCAAUCUUAACUAAGCUCCAUGCAGGCUACUUUUUCAUAUGUCUUUCAUUUGGUGCUCAAGCUUUGUUGUGGAAGAGUUUAAGUGAACAUAACAAUGAAUCACAAACUCUAUGGCAUGGAUUUAAUUUGAUGCCUUCUGUUGCUUAUUUACUACUUUGGUGUCUUUCACUACUUAUUGCAACUACACUAUCAUUUCUUUAUAUGUUAAAGUGCAUUUUGCAGUUUAAUAUUGUGAAGGAAGAAUUUUCACAUCAUAUUGGAGUAAACUACAUGUAUGCACCUUGGAUUUCAUGGCUUCUAAUGCUUCAAUCAUCGCCGCCUUCGAUUGUUCCAAGAACAUGUUACUAUGAGUUUCUUUGUUUGUCCUUUUCUUUUGUAAUAUUGUUGCUUGAUGUAAAACUGUUUGGACAAUGGUUCACAACUGAAAAGAGGUUUCUGUCAGUGGUAGCAAACCCUGUGAACCUUGUUUCUGUUAUAGGAAACUUGGUUGCUGCUCAAGUUGUGACAGAAAUUGGUUGGAAUGAGUUUGCAAUUUCAAUGUUUUCAUUAGGAAUGGUACAUUAUUUGAUUCUGUUUGUGACACUGUAUCAACGUUUGACAAGUAGCAAUCAGUUUCCUAUAGUGUUAAGGCCAGCUUAUUUUUUAUAUUUUGCUGUACCAAGCAUGGCAAGUAUAGCUUGGAAAUCCAUCACAGGUGCUUUUCUCAUCUCAUCAAAGAUGCUGUUCUUUCUCUCUUUCUUCAUAUUUAUUUCUCAGGCUUGCAGGCCAGCACUGUUCAAGAAAAGUAUGAAAAGGUUAAAUGUUACAUGGUGGAUUUACUCAUUCCCUUUAACAUUCCUUGGUCUAGCUUGUGCUGAAUAUGCUCAUGAGCUGAAAAGUAACAUGGCCUUUGCUUUAAUGCUGCUGAUAUGUAUGGUGUCUGUGUUGGCUUUUGUUUUUCUCAUGCUAAUCACUGUACUCAAAAUUGAAAGGCUUCUGCUGCAUAAAAAUGCUCCCACUAAAUGAAAUUAUAUCAUGACUUCAAUCCAAAAACUGGAGGAAAUAUAUAUUGAACUGCAUGCAGAGCCUGCAAAAUUCCCUUCUUUCCAUUGGAAGGAAGUAAAUCAAAGUACAACUACUUUUCUGAAAUAUACUAUACUCUUUAUUCUUCUUUA